AUACGCCCCUUUCCUUUCUCAAAAGACCAAGCUCAUCAGUCCGUGUGACCAUUUUGUUACGCAUGUGCUUGCCCGCGACAAAAUGUGCGGAGUAAAAUUUCAUAUAAGUCCCACAACCUGAGAUAUCUCCGCCUCUUAGCCUUACCCAGCUUGCGGCCAUCUUUUCUGCAGCAAUCCAGACACCCGGAUAUGUAAUUCCCCAGGGUGUUGGAUACACGUUGUAGACAUAUACUAUAGAAAGACGAAAGGAUGGCGAAUACUGCACCAUUGCUGUGUGUUUAAGGCUAUAUCCAUCACGGCGUGCAAACCAAUCACUCUUCAUCCUUAGCCGGGCGUAAUUAACUUAUACAUUGCAUGGUACCAACUAUGGAAAAGGAGAGAAUGACCAAGCGUCCAAGCCCAAUGCUGAGUGCCAACAUUUUGUCGAAAAUGUUGUUUUGGUGGUUAAACCCAUUGCUGACUAAAGGUAAAGAGAACAAGUUAGUAGUGGAGGACAUGUUCAACAUCUUGCCGGAGGAUGGCAGCGCUCACUUAUCCAUUGCGUUAGAAAGAGCCUGGAACAAGGAACUUAAAAUGGCGGAGCUUCGAGGUAGUAAACCUAGCUUCAUGAAGGCACUCUUUAGGGCUUUUCCUUUAUCAUUCGCCACCGUGGGCUGUAUAGCAUUUUUGGAGGUACACUAUGCGUACACUAUGUGUCAUUAUAUACAAAAAUCACUUAUAGUAUUGUUUGGUACAUAUCCUUUCUUCUUCUUAUUCCAACAGCAAGUUUCCCUUGUAAUUCAGACCAUUUUGCUUAGAGGUCUGAUCAGAUACUUUUCGCCUGAAUCCAAUAUGACGCAAUGGGAAGGCUACAUGUACGCAACUGGAGUCAGUCUUAUGUACCUUUUAUCGGUAGUUUUCCAUCACCUAUGCUUCUUUAAGGCAGGGAAACUUGGAAUGCAAGUGCGGAUAGCUUGUUGUUCAAUGGUGUACAAAAAGACUUUAAGGUUAAGCCAAGCAGGAUUGAGUGAAACUACACCUGGCCAUAUUGUGAAUCUGAUAUCAAACGACGUCAACAAAUUUGACAAGGCUUUGCUCUAUAUCAACUUCGCGUGGAUUUUCCCCAUUGUCAUCAUCAUUGUGUUUGUGAUACUAUGGAAUAUCAUUGGUCCAUCUUGCCUUGCCGGAUUCGCAUUACUUCUUCUUCUGGCACCGACGAAUAUUGGAUUGGGGACUUUAUAUGGAAAGCUGAGAACGAAAACCGCCGUGAGAACAGACAAGCGUAUUCGAAUCAUGAGUGAGCUGAUCUCCGGGAUGCGAGCAGUCAAGAUGUACUGCUGGGAGAAACCAUUUGCUGCAAUAAUAAGCCAGCUAAGAAGAGAGGAAAUCAAGUACAUCAGAUUCACAAGUUACGCACGAGGAAUAAGUGCUUCGCCAACUCUUUUUACCACCAAUAUCAUGAUGCUCAGUAAUAUCGUUGCCUAUAUAAUGGGUGGCAAUACCCUGACACCUGAGAGCGUUUUUACCAUGCUGGCUUUGUAUAAUUCCACGUGGUUCUUAACCAAUUCUGCCCUGCCUUUAGCCAUUCAACACGGGUCGGAAGCCAAAGUUACUAUUAGACGAAUUCAGAACUUCCUGCUGUUAGACGAGUUGGAUAGAGGUGACACAGGCGCGUCCAGCUCUGCAGCUGUCGGCAUACUUGUCAACAACAUAACAGCUUACUGGAAUAUGCGGUUAGGUCCAACACUCAAGGACAUUAAGUUUGAAUUGUUAGGAAACGAACUUGUUGCAGUCAUAGGACCUGUUGGGGCCGGAAAAUCAUCGUUACUUAUGGCUAUUCUCAAAGAGCUGCCGGUGACCAGUGGCAGGAUACACACAAGAGGCUCCAUUGCUUACGUACCUCAGCAGCCCUGGGUCUACUCCGCAUCAUUGAGACAGAAUGUGCUGUUUGGGAAAGAAUUCAAUCAGAAGAGAUAUUGGGACGUCAUACAGGCUUGUGCCCUGAACAAGGAUAUAGAAGAUCUUCCCCAUGGAGACCACACUCUGGUUGGGGAGAGAGGUGUCAACCUCAGCGGAGGUCAAAAAGCAAGGGUCUGCUUGGCAAGAGCUCUUUAUUUUGACGCGGAUGUAUACCUUCUGGACGACCCUCUAAAUGCCGUCGACACUGUUGUCGGGAAGCACAUAUUUGAAAGGUGCAUUAAUGGAUUUUUAAAAGGAAAACCGAGAAUUCUUGUCACACAUCAACUCCAGUAUAUACAGGCAGCAGACAAAAUCCUUGUCUUGAAGAAGGGGGAGACAGUUGGCUUAGGAACAUAUCCAGAGCUUACAGCUGCAGGGAUCGACUUUGUAUCACUUGUUACACAUUAUAAUAAACACGCUGAGGAAGAUGACACCCCUGAGCUCCCUGCACUUAAUUCACCUCGUAUAGAGAGUUCUGCAAAACAUUUUAGAAAAAAGCCUAGUAGUGCCAUGGGUAAACCAACGGCUGAAACGAAUGGCCGCAGCCUUGACCUAACGGAAAAGAAGGUAGAUCAACCCGAGGAAAUGAGGUCAGAAGGAACGAUUGGCUGGAGAGUAUACAUGGCAUUUUUAAGCGCAUGUGGGGGACCUCCAGCUAUUAUUUCAAUCGCACUUUUCAAUAUCAGCUGUGCUGUAGUGCUUGCGUCGUCUGAUUGGUGGUUGGCACACUGGUCAAACCAAGAAGAAGAAAGAAUGAAUAUGUUAUCACAAACAGCAGUAGAUGGUACAAAUGAAGCUACCAAGGGCAACAUGGCAUCACACGACAUAAUGCAUGGCAUUUACAUAUACCUCGGACUAGUUAGCGGACUUGUUGUCCUGAGUAUAGGCCGACACAUGUCUUUCUAUGCCCUCUGCGUCAAUGCCUCUCAGAAGCUACACGACAAGAUGUUUGACAGUGUCGUUCGAGCUCCGAUUUAUCUGUUUGACAACAACCCUGUCGGGAGGAUUUUAAACCGCUUUUCAAAGGACGUAGGCCAGAUAGAUGAUUUUCUUCCUGCAAUAUUUGAUGACGUUUUGCGGAACCUGUCCAUUAAAAUAUUAGGAGUGAUUGUCAUAGUAGUUAUUGUAAUUCCGUGGAUCCUAAUCCCUACUGUACUUCUACUGGCGCUGUUUAUUUACAUCAACCAUUUCUAUCUGGCGACAUCAAGGGAUAUAAAACGCCUUGAAGGCACAACUAGAAGUCCAGUCAUUUCUCACCUUAGCGCAACUUUGCAAGGCCUCUCGACCGUGAGAGCGUUCAACGCCGGGGACGAGUUUUCCUCAGAAUUUGACAACCACCAAGAUACGCACACAAGAGCUUGGUUCCUGUUCCUUUCUCUGUCACGAUGGCUUGGAACAAGAUUAGAUCUGAUUAGCGCCGCCUUUACCAUUUCGGUGUGCUUUAUUUGCGUAAUUGCCAAAGAAAACCUCUCUCUCACUGCCGGGUUGGCUGGACUAGUGGUUACAUAUUCCAUCUCCCUUUUGUUUUCAUUUCAAUGGGGCGUUCGACAAAGUGCGGAGCUUGAGAAUCAGAUGACAUCUGUGGAGAGAGUUAUGGAAUACUCACAACUAGAGCCAGAGGCAGCAUUGGAAACAGACGCCAAACCACCUUCAGAUUGGCCUCAGCAUGGCGCCAUAACCGGAAAACAAGUAUCGUUCCAUUACGGCGAUUUUGGUCCUCUUGUCUUGAGACAUCUUGAUUUCGACAUUAAACCAAAAGAAAAGGUUGGAAUAGUUGGUAGGACUGGAGCAGGGAAAAGCUCAUUUGUCAACAUGUUGUUCCGAAUGGUGGAACUAGGAGGAACCGUGACGAUAGAUGGCGUAGACAUCAGUAAAAUUGGGUUGCAUGAACUAAGGGGAAAUAUUUCCAUCAUUCCACAGGAUCCAAUUUUAUUCUCUGGUCCAAUCAGAAGAAACCUUGAUCCAUUCAAUACAUUCUCCGAUGUUCACAUUUGGGGUGCUUUGGAACAGGUGCAGCUGAAAACGAUGAUAAGUAGCCUACCUGGACAACUGCAGUAUGUCCUUUCGGAAGACGGUUCAAAUUUGAGUGUUGGACAACGUCAGCUACUUUGUCUUGCGAGAGCUAUUUUAAAGAAAAAUAAGAUAUUGGUUUUAGACGAGGCAACAGCCAAUGUAGACACAAGGACGGACCGUUUGAUUCAGCAGACGAUCAGGGAGAAGUUCAAAGAGUGCACUGUUCUAACUAUCGCCCAUCGCCUGCACACCAUCAUGGAUUCUGACAGGGUCAUGGUUUUUGGUGAGGGAAAAAUCCAAGAAUUUGACGAGCCAUUUAUUUUACUACAAGAAAAGAACAGUGCCUUAUGCGAACUAGUGGACCAGACAGGAAGACAUAAUGGUGACAUGUUACGUAAAAUGGCACAGCAGGCUCAUAUGUCAAAGAAGAGAUCGUGGACUCAGUUGUUGUAAUGCUCCUUGUAUAAUGCGUAUGUUUUGACAAUAAUGCUCAUACCAGAGAAAAGAAACGGAACAUACUCCAGUAGUCGGGAAUUUGGUGUAAACUCUUUAUUUCUUCUUUGUCGUUUAGAUAAGCAUGUAAUUUAUUUUACAAAAAAGUGUUCGGUUUUUAAUUUUGAAUAUUUCAAUAUAUUUAUUAGACAAAGUUGAAACUUAUAUAUAUCUUUUAAUUCAGAUUUAGUAUAUGAAAAAUACUUUGCAUUUGUUACCAUACCACAAAAGGUUUUAUGUAAAUUUAGAAUCCAAUUCACAAGCAACAGAUUGAGGUCUAAAAGAGACGCUUAAACAGCAUAGAUUUGGGAAAUAGGGUUCGAUUAACAUGUCCCAAAGUCUAACAGAAAUAUAGAGUGAGAAAUGUUUUAAUGUCGGAUAGUUAAUAUAAA